ACCAGGGAGGCAGAGCUAGAAAAAAGUUCAUGUGAAAAAGAUUUGAGGGUUUUAAUGAAUUGCAAGUUUAAUAUCAGUCUCCAGUGUGAUAAAGAAAUAAGCAUUUAUAUAGCACCUACUUUGUUCUAGGCUCUGUGCUGAGCACUUUUCAAAUUUUCCCUCAUUUGAUCAUCACCACAAAACUGGGAGGUAGAUGCUAAUAUCAUCCCUGCAACUGAGGCAGACAGAGAUUAAAAGACUUGUUCAGGAGGACACAUCCAAUAAGAAUCUGAGGCCAGACAUGAAUUCACGUCUUCCUGACUCCAGUCUCGAGUGCCCUACCCAGUCUGCUUGUCAAAUGAAAGAGCCAUGAACCUGUGGGUCUUGCUUCUCCUGGCUGUGGUGACCCUUGGAAGAGCCACCUACAGGCCCCUGGAAAAACCUCCCUGUGAAAUGGUGGACAUGGAGGUCCUGUGCCACAGCCGGGGGCUUCUGCAGAUCCCCGCAGUCCUCCAUGCAGACAGCAAGGCCCUUGACCUGUCUCAAAACCAACUGCAGAGCAUCCUGGAGACUCCCCUCAUCUUUUACACUGCUCUCCGACGGCUAGAUUUAAGCUCCAAUCAGAUCAGCUUCAUCCAGCCUGGCAUUUUCACCAGCCUGCCGCAGCUCGAGUACCUCAACCUGGCCCGAAACCGCCUGGGACGGGCGUCCCCCCAGAACGGCAAUGGGGGCAUCGGGCGCCUGCCGCACGUGGCCACCCUGGACCUCUCGGGCAACGGCCUGUACAACGGUCUGGCUGAGGCCUUCCUGGAGGAUGCCCCUGACCUGCUCUCCCUCUCCUUGGCGGAAAACAGCCUCACGCGGAUUUCCCGCUGGACCCUGCAGGGGGUGCCGGCCCUGGAGGAGCUGGACCUGCACAGCAACGUGAUCAUGGAGAUCGAGGAGGGGGCCUUCGAUGACCUGCCCCGCCUCACCCGCCUCAACCUCUCCAUGAACUCCAUCACCUGCAUUUCCGACUUCAGCCUCCCGCAGCUGCGGUUCUUGGAUCUGAGCCGCAACAGCAUAGAGACCUUCCAGACGGCCCCCUCGGACCAGGAAUACCAGCUCCACUGGCUCGAUCUGCACGAGAACAAGCUGUCCCAAUUUCCUGACCUGCCCAGGCACAACCAGCUCGUCUAUCUGAACGUCUCCAACAACCUGAUCCAGAUGCGGCCCACCUCCUCCCUCGGCGACAGGGGGCCCGGCACAGAGGCCUGGGCCAAGGAGCCCACUGACCCAAGUGCCAAUGACAGCUCCUCAGCCCUCGCCCAUCUCUUGUUCUUGGACUUAAGCUACAAUGAGAUUGAGAGCAUCCCACAGGGGUUCCUGGACCCCAUGACUUCCCUGCAGUUCCUCAACCUCAGCAGGAACUGCCUCCGCACCUUCGAGGCCAAGUGGGAGCGUGCCCUGCCCAGCCUGGACACCCUGGACGUGAGCCACAAUGACCUGCAGGGCUUCGCGGUGGGCCUCCGUGGCCUGGCCAGCCUGCGACAGCUCUUCCUGCAGCACAAUGCCCUGACGGCCCUGCCGCCUCUCACACUUGCCAGCCUUCCCAAGAUCCAGCGCGUGGACCUCCACAGAAACUGGGUCCGUCCCUGUGGAGCCCCACGGGCCCUGGUGGAGCCGGCUGCCUCGGGCUGCCUGGCCCUCUCCAACAUCCCCAGUCUCCGAGCCCUGAACCUGGCGGGCAACGCCUUGCAGAGGCUUCCAGAGGGCACCUUCCUGCAAACCCCCCUUGUCACCUUGGACCUCUCGGCAAAUCCGGGCCUGGAGGUUGUCCCUGGUGCUCUGGCCGGGCUGGAAGCCUCCCUGGAGGUGCUGCAGCUGCAGGGCAAUGGCCUGGACGCCCUCCACGUCGACCUUCCCCGCUUCACGCGGUUGAAGCAGCUCAACCUCUCUGAGAACCAGCUGAGCUGGCUCCCUGCCUGGACCCGGGAGGCCUCCCUUGAAAAGCUGGACCUUCGAAACAACAGCUUCAGCCACCUCGAGAGCCGCGGCAUGAGUGGGCUGGAGGGGAGCCUCCGGCGCCUCUACCUGGCAGGGAACCCGCUGGCGUGCUGUGGUAACGGCUGGCUGGCGGCCGUGAUUCAGAGGGGCAGCGUGGACAUCGCCAACCUUGAGCAGCUCAUGUGCCGGCACUCUAAGGACUUCAGCAGCCAGGAGGACGUCCCCUUCCUCCAUGUCCGCCCCGAGGACUGUGAGAAGGAGGGGCUCAAGAAAAUCAACGUGCUCAUCCUCCUCAUAGUUGUCCUAGUCUUGUCCGUCCUCCUCAUUGGGGUGGCUCUUUUUUGUUGCUUCUGCCGGCAGGAGUUUAACCAGCAUUUCAAAGCCUAACCCUCAGAAGGGGGUUCCCACGUUCCUGCCGUAGAGUCAUUCUCAGUGCCUGAGAAUAUGCAGCUUUAUUGGGGCCUUAAAAGCCGGCAGGAAUCUUAGGACUCCUUUAGUCCAACCCUUCUUUUUAUAGAUGGGGAAACUGAGGCUCAGAGAGGUUAAGGAACUUGCCUGAGAUCACACAACUCGUAAAUAUGAAGUCUAAAUCUCCUGGAAAUUUGGACCCAUUUCCUGGGAAUGACCUUCACCCAUUUAGCUCUCCAUUAGUUGACUAUGUUCAGAAAAUGUAGGGAUCCCUGAACCUGUUUUCUUUCUGUCUCCUUCCCCCAUCAUCAUAAGAUCAUUUGAAGGGACAGAAGCUGUGUAGCUCCAUUCUACACACAAGUAAACUGAGGCCCAAGGAGAUUACUUGCCCAGUCACACAGGUAACAAGGUAUAGCGAUAGGGUUUGAACCCAAGGGUGAGCAAGCCCUUUUCCCUCUAUAGCCUACUACCUCUUGCCUAUUUGUCGUCUGGGAAGACCAAAGUUACCUUCAGGAGAGAGCUUGAUUAAAGCCAGCCCAAGUGAAACUAUGUACCCCUUUAGGACUAGAAAG